GUGUUGUGGGAACAUCUCAGCUGCUGAAGCUGGCAUCACCUCCAUCAUUCUACACACUGCUUCUUAGUCAGGACGGACAAGUUCCACCACUGCACCACUGAAGAACACUUUAAGUCCUCUAGCACAUACGGAUCAACUCUUCAACAUACCAACUGAGUGAUUAUUAUUACAGUGUGGAGACUGAGUGUGCUGAGUAGAAUCAGUAAGCUUGCUCUGUCAGGUCAGACUGCAGAUUUGUCCAGAGUUUAGAGAUAGGUCAAAGCAGCGACCAUGACCAAAAGCACCGGGGAGAAGCCUCGCUCUCGCAGCCGGGUGCAGCGGAUUCGUGAGGAUAUCCAACUGCGUUCCCUGAAGGCCAAGAAGAAAGUAGCGGACAUCACCAAAGACGAUGUUAAGACCUUUUUGAGGAGGAAUGCAUUUGUGCUGUUUACCAUCGCGGCAGUUCUUCUUGGCAUCAUACUUGGAUUUACCCUGCGGCCAUAUAAGAUGUCCUACAGAGAGGUAAAAUAUUUUUCCUUCCCCGGAGAGCUCUUGAUGCGCAUGCUCCAGAUGUUGGUCCUCCCCUUGCUGGUGUCCAGUCUGAUCACAGGCAUGGCAGCACUUGACAGUCGAGCUUCAGGGAAGAUGGGGAUGCGAGCUGUGGUGUACUACAUGACCACAACAUUCAUCGCUGUGUUCAUUGGAAUCAUCAUGGUACUCAUCAUUCACCCCGGCAAAGGCUCCAAAGAUGAGUUUGCUCAGCAGCAGAAAAUCGAGCAAAUAAGUCCUGCUGAUGCCUUCCUGGACUUGAUCAGAAAUAUGUUUCCUCCCAACUUGGUUCAAGCUUGCACACAGCAGUUCAAAACCAAAUAUGGCAAAAGAAUUGUACAUGUGAAGGUGAUCGUGAAUGAGAGCAUUUUCAACCUGACCAAUGCCACCCAAGAAAUUGCUAAGGAAGAGAUCAUCCCAAUUCCUGGCACAGCAAGUGGAGUCAACGCCCUCGGCCUGGUAGUGUUCUCCAUGUGUUUUGGCCUGAUCAUUGGGAAUAUGAAGGAGGAGGGCCAAGCCCUUAGGGAUUUUUUUGAUUCUCUCAACGAGGCCAUUAUGCGUCUAGUGGCUUUCAUCAUGUGGUAUGCACCCAUUGGUAUCCUCUUUUUGAUCGCUGGCAAAAUUGUGGAAAUGGACGAUAUCACUGAAAUGGGAGGGCAACUAGGAAUGUACACCGUGACUGUCAUCAUAGGCCUCCUAAUCCACGGAAUUAUUAUUCUACCCACUCUCUACUUUGUAAUCACCCGGAAGAACCCUUUCAUCUUUAUCACUGGCUUAUUGCAGGCUUUAAUCACCGCCUUGGGAACAUCAUCCAGUUCAGCCACUCUGCCCGUUACAUUCAAGUGCUUAGAGGAGAACAAUAAAGUUGACAAAAGGGUGACCCGCUUUGUGCUGCCAGUUGGUGCUACCAUAAACAUGGACGGAACGGCGCUGUAUGAGGCACUGGCUGCCAUUUUUAUCGCCCAGGUCAACAACAUGGAGAUGAACUUCGGACAGAUCAUAACUAUUAGCAUCACAGCCACAGCUGCCAGUAUUGGAGCAGCUGGAAUUCCCCAGGCUGGACUGGUCACCAUGGUCAUUGUGCUAACCUCGGUUGGCCUCCCUACUGAUGACAUCAGCCUUAUCAUUGCAGUUGAUUGGUUCCUAGACCGGCUGCGCACAACGACAAACGUGCUGGGCGACUCUAUAGGAGCAGGCAUUGUGGAGUUCCUGUCUCAAGAUGAGCUGCAGAACGCCGAUUUGGAGUUGGGCAACUCUGUAUUGGAGGAGAACGAAUUGAAGAAGCCUUACCAGAAGAUUCCUCAAGAAAACGAGUAUGAGAACGAGAAACCUCCAGACAGCGAAACCAAGAUGUAGUCCUGUUGCGGUGUGUGUGCCUAUACAGGGAUUUCUCAGAAUCUUUAAAUGUGUGUGUGUGUGUGUGUGUGUGUGUGUGUGUGUGUGUGUGUGUGUGUGUGUGUGUGUGUGUGUGUGUAAGAGAGAGAGAAAGAGAGAGAAAGAGAGAGAGCAUGAGUGUUAUUUCUUUUUCAUAGGCUACUUUUGGUACUUUUCCAUUCCUUACUUACUGUAUCUGUGUCUCGUUUCCAGUAUUCAUCUAUUCCUUAUUUUACGUUAUUCAUCACUCAUGAAUCAAUUAAGAUUUAUUGUUAAUAUUAUGACUGGGCACAUUGAAGAAAGGAUAACCUGCUGGAAUUGGAAGGUUUGGGCGGUAGAGAAGGUUUAGAUAGGUAAGACAAGAUGGUGGACUCUAAAAAGUAAAGUAGAGAUUUGAAUUGGGAGAAAAAUCAUGAUGUUUAACCUGAAGAUUGUAAUGUAAAAGCAACUGAAUGAAACUAGAUGGUUGUGUGUCACAUGAUUAAACGAUUUACUUGAUCGAUUGGACAAAAAAUGGGCUGGUUAAUUAUUUGUCUAAAGCAUUGUACUGGUUUUGGACUUAAAUGUAUUAAACACUACAUAAUAAAAAAUGCUUGCAUGCUUCUCUAUUUUGCCCCUGUUUUUAAAAUCACCAUUUUUUUUGUAAAAUGUCAACUAGCUUUAUAAGGCUUUGAUUUAUUCACUCAGUCAAAAAAGUGGUGUUAAGAUUUGCUUUGUUUUCUUUGUACUCACCUUGUCUUUAUUGUAAUGCUGGUAGAAUCAUGUCCAUGAUAUUUCUAAAUACAUACUGGCAUUUAUUUCCCUCGCUUAUCUCUAGAUUAUCCUGGUAGCAGACUUGAAACUGUUUGAAUUGAAAUGCUACACCUUUGCUGCCAUUUGCUAACAUAAAUAGAUUAUAUACUGUAUAUAUAUUUUCUAAAUAGCAUAUUGUGUAAUAAUACAGCUUUGAAGAGUUAAUAGAUAUCAUGAAGGACAUUGUGAUGUCUCCUGAGACUGCAAUGAGCUAGAACAGAGUGUGAAUGUUGGGAAGCAGAUACAUUCAGGGUCCGAUAUUACAGAUACAAACAAGCUGAGCCCCUACUAACUCACUCGAAUGGAAAACUGUGAUCUUUGCUUCUUUUUUUGUUGUGUCUACAGGAAUUUUGUUUGUCCUGUUGGUUAUUUGCCCCUUUGAUCUAUACACACACACACACACACACACACACACACAAAAUGAAAUACUGUAUGUGUUUUCAGUCUACACUGAAUUAAAUGAAACUGUAGUAUUUGUCUAUGGUAAAUAUAGUUUUGAAUAAAAUUUAAAAUAAAAAGGAAA